AUGCUUGAAGUCACCUCUCUAUACCUCAAACCGGGACUGGAUUUCACCCAGGUCCCCAAUAAUGCAAAGUACAGCGCAAGCAUCCAAGCUCUGACCGGACAACCUGGCUUCAAAAUCCUCUGGGAGGGCAAUUCAGAAUGGAAUCCUGAUUUUGUGGUUCGGCUAAUCGAGUGGCGUCAUCUCACCGACCACGAAGCCUACAUGGCCAAGAAAGACGAGUACGCGCAGAUGGUGAACCCACUCCUGGAAAUGGGUGCCACAGAGCGAGACAACUUCAUUCACGUUCGCCACCUGCCUCCCUCGUCCUCAUUUCUCGACCUCUCCCUGUUCGACCUAGCGAGGGAGGAGAAGGUCACUAUAUUCUGGCUUCGGGGAUCGGAUAAAGGCUCGCUAGGCCGGUUUGCGCAGGGAGUUCGGAAUCUUCACGAAACGCUACGGAGGCGAGGGUGUCGUGUUGCUGGAGGCGCAUCGGUAGAGCAGGCAGGCGAGUGUAUCCUCUUCACGCAUGCAUCUGAGUCUGGUCAAUUGAUUAGUCGCGAGGAGAUCGAUGACUUGGGGAUGCAGUGGAUCUUGUUUCUGGCGGGGUGUGUAGUUUGUCUGCCCAUUCCUAGAUGA